GCAGUGCAUCCCGUCGCCAUCUUGGCCCGGGGAAUCGGUGCCGCCACCGCCUCCGCCAAACAAACCCGAGAGCGGCACCGGAGGGGAGCAGGGGCCCUGCCGCCGAGGAGCCUUUCGAUGUGCCAGGCACGGCCGGGCAGUGAGGCUGAGCUCUGUGGGAGAGCAAACACAAGGGAAAGAUGCCUGUGGUGUGGCCGACUCUUCUGGAUCUCAGCAGAGAUGAAUGCAAGAGGAUCCUUCGCAAACUGGAACUGGAGGCAUAUGCAGGUGUCAUCAGUGCCUUACGUGCACAGGGAGACCUUACGAAAGAGAAGAAGGAUCUUCUUGGAGAACUCUCUAAAGUGCUUAGUAUUUCAACAGAGAGACAUCGUGCUGAAGUUCGGAGAGCAGUAAAUGAUGAACGACUGACGACUAUUGCACACAAUAUGUCAGGACCAAACAGCUCUUCUGAAUGGUCUAUAGAAGGUCGUCGACUGGUGCCGCUGAUGCCACGGCUUGUUCCACAAACAGCUUUUACUGUUACUGCUAAUGCUGUUGCCAAUGCAGCUGUUCAGCACAAUGCAUCUCUUCCGGUUCCUGCAGAAACUGGGAACAAAGAAGUGGUGGUUUGCUAUUCCUACACAAGUACCACUUCAACCCCAACAUCUACCCCUGUUCCAAGUGGCAGUGUAGCAACAGUGAAGUCCCCCAGACCUGCCAGUCCAGCCUCCAAUGUAGUCGUCUUGCCAAGUGGAAGUACUGUUUACGUCAAAAGUGUCAGCUGCUCAGAUGAUGAUGAAAAGCCCCGUAAAAGACGGCGAACAAAUUCUUCUAGUUCUUCCCCUGUUCUCCUGAAAGAAGUCCCGAAGGCAGUGACUCCUGUCACUAAAACCAUCACGGUGCCUGUAAGUGGCAGCCCCAAGAUGAGUAACAUAAUGCAGAGCAUUGCCAACUCCUUACCACCACACAUGUCGCCUGUGAAAAUAACCUUCACUAAGCCCUCAACACAGACAACAAACACGACAACACAGAAGGUUAUAAUAGUAACCACCUCUCCAAGCUCAACUUUUGUACCCAACAUCCUUUCGAAGUCCCACAACUAUGCAGCAGUUACAAAACUUGUCCCAACAUCAGUCAUUGCCUCAACUACUCAAAAGCAACCAGUGGUUAUAACUGCUUCUCAGUCAUCUUUGGUCAGCAGCAGCAGCAGCAGUAGCUGUUCCACUCCCUCCUGUACUGCAAAUACUAUUGCUGUGACUGCUGUAGUAUCAUCAACACCGUCAGUGGUUAUGUCAACGGUAGCACAAGGUGUGUCUACAUCAGCAAUUAAAGUUGCCUCUUCCAGGCUACCUUCCCCAAAAGGUUUGGUUGGGAAUCCAACUCAGAUAUUAGCACAGUUUCCCAAACAGCAUCAACAGUCCUCCAAACAGCAGCUGCACCAAAUACAGCAGGCCCAGCAGCAGCAACAGCAGCAGCAACAACAGCAGCAGCAGCAGCAACAGGCCCAGCAGCAGCAACAGCAGCAACAACAACAGCUGGUGCAGUCUUCUGUAGCUCAACAGCAGCCACAGCAAUCUCAGUUGCCACCUGGCAUCAAGCCCACCAUUCAGAUCAAACAAGAAUCAGGUGUUAAAAUAAUCACUCAACAGGUGCAGCCCAGUAAAAUCCUUCCCAAACCAGUUACAGCGACCUUGCCCAGCAGUAGCAAUUCACCUAUUAUGGUGGUUAGCAGUAAUGGGACUAUCAUGACAACUAAACUGGUCACUACUCCCACUGGAACUCAAGCAACGUAUACGCGACCAACAGUUAGCCCCUCUAUAGGGGCUCGGAUGGCUGGAACUCCUGGGGCUGCUACUUAUGUGAAAACUACAAGUGGUAGCAUCAUUACAGUAGUACCAAAAUCACUUGCUACUCUGGGAGGGAAGAUUAUCAGCAGUAAUAUUGUUUCUGGAACUACAACCAAAAUCACUACAAUUCCAAUGACAUCCAAACCCAAUGUGAUUGUUGUGCAGAAGACUACUGGAAAAGGAACUACAAUUCAAGGGCUUCCAGGCAAAAAUGUUGUCACAACACUGUUGAAUGCUGGGGGGGAGAAAACUAUUCAGGCAGUGCCAGCAGGAGCAAAACCUGCUAUCAUCACUGCCACAAGACCCAUCACAAAAAUGAUUGUUACACAGCCAAAAGGAAUAGGGUCCACGGUCCAGCCAGCCACCAAAAUCAUCCCAACUAAAAUUGUUUAUGGUCAGCAAGGGAAAACGCAGGUUCUCAUAAAACCAAAGCCAGUGACAUUUCAAGCCACAGUUGUGAGUGAACAGACCAGGCAGCUGGUGACUGAAACAUUACAGCAGGCAUCAAGGGUAGCAGAGACAGGAAACUCUUCUCUCCCAGAAGUGAAAGAAGAACCACAAACCUACACGGAUAGCAGCUCUUCUUCUACAGAGUCCUCCCAGAGCUCCCAAGAUUCUCAGCCUGUAGUCCAUGUGAUUGCUUCAAGAAGUCAAGAUUGGUCAGAACAUGAAAUUGCUGUGGACACAAGCCCUACAAUAAUUUACCAGGAUGUAUCCAGUGAAUCUCAGUCAGCUACAUCCACGAUUAAAGCUUUGUUGGAACUUCAGCAGACAACAGUGAAGGAGAAAUUAGAAUCAAAGCCGAGGCAGCCUACCAUUGACUUAAGCCAAAUGGCUGUCCCAAUCCAGAUGACCCAAGAAAAGAGGCAUUCUCCAGAAAGUCCUUCAAUUGCUGUAGUAGAGUCAGAAUUAGUUGCUGAAUAUAUCACGACUGACUCAGGAAGACAACACUGUAUUGGUUCACAUUCGGAAGAAUAUCUACACAACCAUAUAGUUAGUCAUCGGUCCCAGCCCCACCAGCAGUCAUCUCAGCCCCAGAGGACUCUGCUGCAGCAUGUGGCUCAGUCGCAGACAGCAACGCAAACUUCUGUUGUGGUGAAAUCUAUCCCUGCAUCUUCCACAGGCGCGAUUACCCAUAUCAUGCAGCAGGCCUUAAGCAGUCACACUGCAUUUACCAAACACAGUGAACAACUUGGAACUGAGGAAGGAGAAGUGGAAGAGAUGGACACCUUAGAUCCUCAGACUGGCCUGUUCUACAGAUCUGCCCUGACGCAAUCGCAGACACAAAAACAGCAAAAACUGAGUCAGCCACAGCUGGAACAGACUCAACUGCAAGUGAAAACUCUGCAGUGUUUCCAGACUAAGCAGAAGCAGACAAUCCACCUGCAGGCCGAUCAAAUCCAGCACAAACUCCCACAAAUGCCCCAGCUUUCUAUAAGGCAUCAAAAGCUAACCCCCCUGCAGCAAGAGCAAGCACAGACCAAACCAGAUGCACAGCACCCCCCACACCCCAUGAUGGCCAAAGAAAGGCAACUCCCUACCUUAGUGGCACAGCCACAGCAAACUGUAGUACAGGUGCUUGCAGUAAAAACCACGCAGCAGCUGCCCAAACUGCAACAGGCACCAACGGCACAAAAAAUCUACGUGCAACCCCAACCCCCCCAGAGUCAAAUGCAGCUACCUGCCUCUUCAGAGAAACAGCCAGCAAGCCAGGUGCAGCAUCCAAUUAUAACGCAAGGAUCCACUGUUACAAAGAUAACUUUUGAGGGGCAUCAGCCUCCUUCUGUUUCAAAGGUAGCAGGUGGCAAUUCUGUGCCCGAACUGGCAUUGCCAGUUACCAGCCUAUUUCCCAUGCAGGCAUCCGCGAAGACAGCAGUAGCAGAUAUUUUGAGAGUGUCUGUGGUGGAAGCUCAGAUUGAUACAAGCAUAGAACAUACAAUAGUGGAUCCCCCAAACAAGGCUAUAUCCACUAGUAAACUUGCUAGCGAAGCAGAGUCGUCACCUUGUACCCAGGUGCCAAGGGUGACUGCAGUAGGGAUGACUGCAACUUCCAUCCCUCAGCAACAGACGUGUGCAGAAUCCAGUUCAAGUCCUCCUGCUGUUGGUCCUACUUUAACAGAGAGGAAACUCGAUGCACAAGGAAUGCCUACGACAAACCAGUUCAUACACAUUCAGAAUAUAUCACAAAAGCAAGCUGAAGAGAGUUCAUCAGAAAUUGUUGUCCAGACUAUCCCUCACUAUUCCAUCCCUUGUCACUCCAGCUCCAAUGUGGUAGUGGAACCCAGUGGGCUUCUGGAGCUCAACAACUUCACCAGUCAGCGCCUUGAUGAUGAGGAAACGGCAGUGGAGCAAGAUGUGGACAGUGGCACUGAGGACGGCACUGAGCCCAGCCCCUCUCGAAGUUCUGCUGAACAAUCCUAAGGAAUUGGGACACUGGAGUGCACUUUAAAAUAUCUUGGGAUUUUUAGUAUCCAAGAUGCCCUUGUAUUGUGGUGUCUUAGAGCACUUUGCCUGUUAGAGUUGUUCAUUGGACCCUUGAAGCAUCAGUGUGUUUUAACAAGACAAUAUUGCAAAAGCUGCAUCUUAAAAAUUGUUUCCAAAAGAAAAAAAAAGGAAAAAGCAGAGAUUUAGUAAACCUGUGACAGUGGAAUGUGCUGUUAAAAAGCAAAUCUGCAGCGAAUUCUACAGCUCAUGCUAUUGAAACCCUUGCCCAGAUACUGAAACAGCUUUCAGUGAAAAGGGAUCAUUACGUUGCUGUGUCUUUUUGUUACCUGUUGAGCAACACCAUCAAAAAAAGAGAAUGUUUAAUAAAUAUUUGUAUUUUUAAAUAGCAUGUGAGAGAAAAAGUAUCUCUGACAGUGCUGGAAAAGCCCCAGUGAUUUUGGAAUUGGUUAGCUUUCUUGCACUUGUGCUCACUUAGGAUUAAGAUUUUUCAUAAGCCUAAAAAUAUAGUUUAUUUUUUUAAAAUUCUUGUUGGUGAAUGUUUGGAAAUAAGCAAAAUCACUAACUGGUAGCAAAAUGGAUUUGCUAGUGGAUUUUUGUUUUCAUGCUUUACAAGAGUUAGGGUAACAGUGUAUGAGGCAUUUGUUUGUGCCAUAAGCACACGAAAUGCUCUUCUACUCUAGUUAUAUCUUUGAAUAUUUAUUUAAAUAAAAAAUUUUAAGUGAGGCCAAGUUGUUUAAAAAGUUACUGUGAAACAGGUGUGUUAAUUCUAAUACAAACGGGGGGGUGGGGGAUGGGAGGUGGAUGUAUUUUGCUAUAAAUCAAUUUUUCAAAUCGGGGAUAAGUGGUUCAGCAUCUUUCAAAGUUGAACCUUCACAUUUAGAGGUGAGCUAGGGCUUUUAAAAAUCUGUAUUUUACUCUUACAUGCUGUUUAUAUAAAGUGACCAUUUUGGGAAUUUAAAAGCUUAAAUCGAUAUACAGCAGUAGGUUUCAGAAAUUAGCCUUAUGACUUGGCUUGUUGAAGCAAUACAUUGGGGUUUUGUGAUAGUUACAAGCCACAGAGAGUUUUGGGUUCAGGUGGGAUAAAAGAACCAGUUUUAAUACAUUCUGCUAAUGAAGACAAUACUUUUUUUUUCCCAAAUGUAUAUAACACCAUGUUUUUAACUGUUUUGUAUAGAUUUCAUUAUAAAUAACUAAGCGUUUUAAGACUUUGGCAUAUCAUUUAAUUGUAUAUACAUCUGUCAGCCUAACUGCCCACUUUUUGGUGCUGAAGUACUACUGUAAGUAGAUUUCAUCCAAAGUCUAAUACAGCUUUUUGCGUCACUCUUUUUUUAAGUUGUGAUUUUACUGUUGAUAUUGUAGUUAAGAUUAAAUUCCAACUACAGUAACUAACUAAAAAUACAGAACCUAAAAAAGCAUUUAUCUUACUUGUCCCGAGUAUUCCCUAUGUAAGACAUGCAGUAACCCCUAGAUGGUGCUGUUGAUUUUUUCAUCUAACAUCAGUUUUUCUAUAAAUUGAGUCCCAAUGACUUUCAUACACCCUUUUUUCCUUCUGUUUUCCAUCAGCAUUAGACCCAAAAUCAUGGUGGAGAAAUGUCCUGAUAAAUUCAGUGUGUGAAUGCCAGAGUAGUAGGGUGGGGAACUAAUUAUUUUGCAUUACCUUUACGUUGGAAUAGGUACUGGUUUGGUUUCUGCUGUAUUUGGAGCUCAGAGUGGAAGAGAAUAUAUGAAAUGAAAUGUACUGUAUUUAUUUCUCUAGUAAAGCACAAAAUAGCCGUACCAAUAUGCCAUUCUACAUAGUUCAGGGUUUGAUAGCUGCUUGGAAGCUUUUACUCUUCUUUAGCUGGAAAUGACUGUGACCCACAAUAGUGACCAAGUUGUGAUGUAAGCCCUGAAAGUUCCACAGUGCUACAGAAUGACAAAAAGUGAUUUAAUACAGAUUUUACUGCCAGUGGGAUUGGACAGGCUGUUGUGCUUUGCAGAUGCCAGCAUAAAGCAUAAUAUACAGUUUUCCAUACACGGUUCUGAAAAGCCCAGAGCAGAUGAGACAGUUUUUCUGGCUUGUAUUAAAUUUUUAUUAUCACCUGGGCUCUUGCAGUAUUUUGAGUGUCCCUGGCAUAUCUAGGACUGAAAGGCAAUGAAAACAUAACAUAGAGCAAGGUUUUUCUUAAGUGCUUUUGUCAAGGAACUUUGCCUUGAUUUAUGGUUUAAUGUUUAGGUGAAUGUGUGUGCUCUAUCCAGCCAAAAAGGGAUACUAAGAAAUGGCAUAAGGUGAGUUGAGCAUUCCUAAUGCAUUAAGUAUGUCGUUAAGUUCUGGUCCAAUUUAUUCCAGUGUUCUGUGUUAGACUUUUGUUUGCAUUGUCAGUGAUGACUUUACAGCAGAGGUAUGAGCAACUACGGUGAGCUCUGACAGUUCCUUGAAGACAGGAAAUCUUUUCAAACCAUGAAAGCUGUUAGUGUUGCUAUGAGGGGUAAUUGUUUUCAGACUGGCAAAUUGAAGCACAUGGAGGGGGUAUCCAAGGGGUCAUGCAAGAAAUUUAGAAAAAGGUCUUUUGUAGUCAAUGCAUUCAUUCUUGAAACUCUGAUGCUUUCCCAAACUGAGUUGAUUUUUUUCAGAUUCUCUUAUUUAAUUUGUUCUAGCACUUCACCAUAUAAAUAACUUUAAUAAUAAGGAAUAUACAAGAUGAGCUAACAUUUAGAGUCAAGAUUAUUUUUUUUCUUAGUUACUUGAUUUUUGAGAACAACUGUAAGAAGACAUGCUCAGAGCGUUUGGCCUUCUCCUCCUUUUCAUCCACUCUAGGCAGCGCUGCCUGUUCCUUGUCCUGCCCUGCAGAUGUGCAGGUUUUUCAUGCCUGUCCUUGGGAUACUUACCUCAUCCUACUGCAGCCACAUAUCCAACUCCUCACAGACUUAUAAAUAUCACUGAGAUGCUAAAAAUGAAACAUCAGUGUGUAAGAUAACAUUUUCCUAUCCCUGCUCCUUAAUAGGCUACAUCUUCCUUUCUGAAAUGAAUUUGAUCUCCCUCCUUGGAACAGACCCUGAAUAGUACCCGAAUUUUCUAAAACUCUUGCUAUGAAAGUAACAUUAGAAGGAGUACUGAAACAAGGGAGGAGUUAUGCCCAUUUCGAAGAUGCGUACAGUCACAGAGGACCACAUGUUUUCUGGAAAGAUUUAACCAUCAGAGUAAAUGUAUCUUCAGUCUUUCUCCACUAGCAAAAUGAGCUUUUGAAAUUUCAGGGCGAAAUAGGAAAACAGAAGUUACUUGGCAGUUGUGAGUGUCAUCUUACAUAUAGGGGGACCCUUUGAACAGAAUGCAUGACUAAAUAGAUGGGAUUUUAAAAAAAACCAAGACCUUUAAAAAAAUAAAAAUCAGAGAAACUUAAGAUUAUAUGCUUUUUUAUGUAUAUAAAUAGUUCCUGGACUCUAAGGAUUUCACAGAUGGAGAUGUUUAUGCAUCUCCGUAAGUAUAUGGCAAAGGCAGAUGGUUUCAACUUGGCUAUGUUCAAUCCAGAGAAGACUGAGCAUAAUUUAAGAUAACAAACUAGAAGAAUCGUGCUGCUUCAGGGUUUGCCUGUAUUUGAAAAAUAGUAUGUUUAGCACCUGUGGCACAGGACUCGCUGCAUUUCCUAAGUUUGAUGUAAACUGUGAAAAAUGAUUGCUAACAGCCUGUAAAAAGUUUCUUUCCAUGCUAUGGGGCUUAGAGUUUUUGGUCUACUCAAAAUCUGUCAUGAAAAUCUGUGAAUCUGGUUUCUUCCAGUAAAAAUGCAACACGUAACUUAGGAUAAAUUUAGAGCUUAACAUAGUUCAUCAAAGAGAAAGUUAGGGAAGAGGUGCCUUAAGAUGUAUUUGUGAGCUCUUAUGCAAGAAGAAAUCAUUAUUGGCUCUUUAGUCUGAUACACAGGCAUAGAAAUUGAAACUUGAAAAAAUCAAUACAGAGACUGAGGAUAAUUAAUUAGAGUUACCAGGGAGUGUCAUUUUGAGUCUUUUCUCUCGUAACAGGCACCAGGACUGCAAGUUGAAAUG